CUUUUCAUGGAUGUUGCAGGAACGGGUGAACUAAGGGAAAUAACAUUGGUGUUCUAAGAUAUAUUGAGAUUAGCCUUGAUAGCUGGAUGUCAUUGUGGAAAACAUUUAAGAUGUGUGCACCGGCUGUUUAAAAAUACCUAAUGAUUGGUGGUGAUGCAAGAGUGUAGCAGACUCGAUGCGGCGACCGGGUCGCUCCUGAAUGUGGUGAAGUAGUGCCACCUGGCCGGUGAAGUGGCUAGCAGCAGGAAGUCCGUCGUCGACAUCGUCGAGAUUCGCUUCAAGGACGGCGCCUGGAAGAUGCUCAACGACCAGAUCGUCGUCUCGUCCUCUCCAAGAGAAGGGGACAACUCAAGCAGACACCUCCCGUCGACGAUGGCGAUGACCGCUACCCUUCUCCUCUCCCAGCAAAGUCAGGUCUACCUCUCCUGUGAAGAUGUAGCAGAACACAUGUUCGUAAUUGAUACACCUAGGCUCAGCUUCUCUAUUGGUAUGAAGGCGUGGAGCGUGAUUCUCUUGUUUUCAACUCGAGGCGAUCAGGCCAGUAAACAUGCUAAGCUUGCCUGGCUGGCACACACGCUUAGGCACAACAAUCGGCCCCGGCACCGCGCGCCAAGGCGCGCUGCAGCUUCUGGCUCUUUUGCUCCCAAGCUGGCCUCGCUUUCCUCGGUGGUCAGCGGGAGAAGCAUGAGGCGCUGCACCUCUGACCCCGUAGUGCUCAGCUCCAAUUCAUCAGGGAGGCCAGCGGCAAGCAUCAAGUUUCCCUUGGUGCUUCCUCAUCAAGGAGGACGACUCGGGCAGCGCCGUCCUCAAGGUUGCUGUCACUCCUCGGCACUCCGCAGGAUAGGCACAUCCGCCACCACACCGCAGAACAGACGAGGAUGUGAUGCUCCUCCUUCUUGUGGUGUAUGUGUUGGCGUGGCUUGCCGUAGUGAGGCAUAUCCUCGUGGGCAAUGCUAUUUGAAGACCAUUCAAGUGAUUUAAAAGAGAAAAUGUCCAGAAUGUAAGGAAGUUGAAGAUGACGAUCAAAAGAUUGACAUAUUAAGCGACUGCCAAGAUGCCAAUAAUGCUUGCCCCUGCCAUUAGUAAUACCCUUGCUCUUCUUUAUGAAAUCUUUCCUAUUAUAUAUUGAUGCAUCAACUAUCGGUGCAGAUUGCGAGAUCCCUAUUUAAAUGCAUCACUCAGUGGCUGGCCCGUGCAUAUGUGUUCCCACCCAUCUUAUCAAUUGUAGGCUUAGAAUGAUUUGCUUCGUCCAAGUGUUGUUCGUCAACAAUUCUUUUGUUUGUUCCUGUCGAUUCUGGUUUUAGAGGACACGUAUAUUUUGGUAGGAAGUGUCUUGUUCUUAUGUUUUUUCCUGGUAUGCACUGAUUGACGCAGUAACUAAUGUUCCAGAUUAUGAAAUCCCUAUUUAAUGGACCACUCGGUAGUU